AUGAUGAAAUAAGAGCAAGAUAAGAGUAUUUGGGAAUGGGUUCCUUGUAAUUACGAUGUAAAGCGGAUAGUAAAGGAUACUCAAACUUCUUGGAAUCUGAGUCCAUAAAUAUCUCUUAAGAUUCCAGCAGAGAAUGGGACCAUCGAUCCAAUCAUCAACAUAAAGAUUGAUUAGAGCAGACCAUUUAUUUAUUCAGAUAAUUUGGGAUGGAAUUGGCAUAAAAGUUGGAACCUUCCUGACAUUGGCUUGGAAAUGGAAGUAUAGUUUUAUUUGUUAUCACACUCCUUAGAUUACAGACCCUUAGACUAACGAGCGUCUUGCCCCUCCAAAUAACAUAUAUGUAUCCAUCAAAAAUAUAGCAAGUGUAAACUGCAAAUCGUCAAGCCGAUCAUAACUCCGAUGAAGACUCAUCACCUGCUGGAGGUGGGAGCCAAGGGAAACUUAAAAGUGGAUAUGGAGAAUGGGAAAUGCAUAUUCUCGGGACUGAAGUUCAACACUACCUCUUAUAAUCACGAUGUAAUAAUUUUCAAAAAUAGGAUCAGCAUUAACGAUUUCAUAUUGUGAUAACAUUGUAUUUGUGUCAGAGUAAAUUCGAAUUCCCCCAGAUCUUGGAUUCUCGCAUCUCCCCUCCAAUAUUCGUGGAUUCAAGAAAAUCUGCCAGAGAUAUCGUCAAAUAGAAAGUAAAUUUCAUCACUAAGAUUAAGAUCUAAAAAUUGCAAUCCUAUUUCGACCCUUUUCUGCCCAAUAAUUUGGAGAAAUAGUUUUUGAUCAUCAAGCCCUCCAAUUAAGAAGUCAUUAAAAAUUCUAUUGAAGGACUCAUCAAUUAUUUCACUGCUCCAAAUAUACGGCAUAAAGUUAAGCAUCCCAUUUUCUUGCUACUUAAAUUCAGUGCUUGUAUCUCAUUGUAUGUAAACUCCGCUAAAAUUAAAUUUACAGAAGUAACUUACACUCCAAUUAUUUAGCCUGACAAUUUGAUCUAAACCUUACAACAUGUCCUCUCAACCAGUAAUGCAUUACAAGGGAUUCAGAAGAUAGAUCAGAAACUCAUCAUCCUAUACAUUGAUUGUAAGGCCAAUGAAACCAAAUCUCAAUAGAAUAUGAAAAAGAUUCUAGAAUUUCUUGAACCUCUUAACAAUGAUUGUGUUUAGGUUAUUAUGGAUAUUAAUGAUGUACCUAAGGGCUUCAUGCUAAUUGAAAAUCUAGUAACUAUAAUUCACUUACAUCAUAGGAUGAAAUGCAGCAAGCCUACCACAGAGUUUAUAAUUCUUUAUUGAAAUAUAAAAGAGAAGAUGAUUAAAUCGAUUAAGAAUAAUUAGAAGAGGAGUAUAAUGCAAAAAUUCCAGAAAAAAAGAAGAAAAAAGAACUUAAGGAACCUGAAUAACUCGUUAAUCCUGAGAGAAUAAGGAAAAUUAUACACAUUUCAGGUACCCUUCCCAACCAAAGUUCAAAUUCGAUGCCUGAACAAGAAAGUGUAUGCUUAUAUCUGUAAUCACCUAGAACCAAGUCAAAAUGGAAUAACAAUUCUCUAUACCCAAUAAUGUGUAAUUGAGACUGCCAAACUAAGAAUAAUCAUAACAGUAUUUGUAAUAAUCGCAACUACAAUAACAAUAACUAUAAUAGAAUUUAGCCUACAAUCCAAUGUCAUUAUGGUUGUAUCUAUAAAAACUUCCUUCAUGA